CGUAGCUCCCAAAUUUAAAGCCCUCGAACCCCACACGGGAAGGCGAAGACGAACAUGGGGUUUAGGUCCGAUCUGCUUCUGUUUACGAUCGCGUUACUAUCAGUCCCCGUGCUAUCCGAUCUGAUCCUGUCCAGGGUCGACAGACGCAUUGAUUUGACAUCGCAAGUUGUGCGUAUCACUUCAACAUUAAAGGUGGAGAAUGCAGGGAGUGAUUUGGUUUCUGAGGUUUUAUUGGCCUUUCCUGAUAGCCAGGCAAAACAUUUGGCAUAUUUGUCAGCAUCAUCUACUGAAGGGAAAGGAAAAGCAAAAGGGUCUGCUGUAAGCUUCCCUGUUGAAAUUGUCCACCCCAAAGGGAUGCCUCCUGCCUUGAAUUUCUACUCAGUAUCUUUACCUAAGGGUCUGGGUAAGGGAGACAUCUUAACUUUGGAUGUCUUGGCGGUUUUUAAGGGCGCAUUGCAACCGUUUCCAGAGAAAAUUACUCAGGCUGAUAUACAGCUCGUUGUUUUCUACGAGACUGCAUACUAUCUCUCUCCUUAUGUGGUUAAGGUCCAAUCACUCAGUGUAAAACUGCCCGAUGCAAGAAUUGAAUCUUUUACAAAAAUAGAAAACACAAAGAUCCAUGGUUCUGAGAUUAAGUACGGUCCUUAUGAGAAUCUUCCACCCUUUUCUUACUCACCUAUAGUUGUUCAUUUUGAGGCAAAUCAACCCUUUGCAAUUGCUCAGGAGUUGGUACGGGAGAUCGAGAUUUCCCACUGGGGCAAUGUGCAGGUGACAGAGCAUUACAAUCUUGUCCAUGGCGGUGCUCAAAGCAAGGGGAGUUUUCUAGUUUGAUUGUGAAUUAUUUUCUGCUGCAGGCUUGACUUUCAGGCUAGGCCCCAUGUAAGAGGUGCAUCAGCCAUUAGGCACCUUGUUGCAAAAUUGCCUCCAAGAGUUCAUUCUAUUUAUUAUAGGGAUGAAAUUGGUAACAUUUCAACCUCUAAUUUAUGGGGUGACCAUAAGAAGACGGAAAUGGUAAUUGAACCUAGGUAUCCAAUGUUUGGUGGUUGGAGAACGGCUUUUACCAUUGGAUACAGCUUGCCACUUCAGGACUUCUUAUUUCAGUCAGAGGGAAAGCGCUACGUUAACAUCUCUUUUGGUUCCCCUGUGAAUGAGGUGGUCAUUGACACUCUCAUUGUGAAGGUUGUUUUGCCCGAGGGUUCUACAGAUAUCUCAGUAUCUGCUCCAUUUCCUGUGAAACAAGGCCAGGAGACAAAAUUUUCCCACUUGGAUCUUGUUGGUAGACCAGUUGUUGUGCUGGAGAAGACCAAUGUUGUGCCAGAACAUAAUCAGCAUUUCCAGGUCUAUUAUAAGUUCAGCAGUCUCUCCAUGCUUAUGGAGCCACUGAUGUUGAUUUCUGGAUUUUUCUUUAUUUUCGUUGCCUGCAUUGUGUACAUGCAUGUGGAUUUGUCAAUCUCCAAGUCUUCUCCAUCUUAUUUGGCAAAGUUGCAGUGGGAUGAGGUGCAAGCAGCCGUUCAGCAGGUCCGAAAUAUCAUCAACCGAUGCUUAAUGAUACAUGAUAAGCUGGAGGCAUCAUUACGUGAUCUUUCAAGGACGGGAGAUGUCCAAGCUUGUAAAUCUGCUCGGAAAGCAUUUGAUGGUUUGUUGAAAGAUCUCUCAAAAGAUUUGAAGCCCUUACUGGCAUCUUUGCAAUCUUCACAGCAGGCUGUUCAGAUCUUACCCAAGGUGGAGGAGCUGGUUGGCAAGGAGAGAGAUUUGCAAGAGAGGAUGAUGGCAAAACAUUCAGCCGUGGUAGACAGCUAUGAGAAGAAGUCUAGCGGACGGGAAAUUGAGAAUCGAGUUGCAUUGCAGCAGCAGAAAAUUACAGCCUUGAGGCAGGAGGUUGAUGAUCUUCUUGAUCUUAUUGACGAGAUAUGACAAAUAUUAAAAUGGGGGGGCAUAUCAUUGUACGAGUUUGAAGUGUUUACGGGGCAUUUUGUUUUAUUUUUUGGCGGACAAAGAUACGACCAAGAGAAAUACCUGAUUGGGAUCAAAUGUUAUAAUGGUCAGGAUUUUGACGUGACGUGGUCACUUGGUUUAUGUUCUCUCAGUUCGUUUUGCUAAACAAAUUUUAUGUAGGUAUACAGUUUACUAUGUUAUAUUUAUGUAAUAGACUAAUUGGCCAUGGAUUUUAAGCUCCA